UCCUCAGAUCUAAAACGCGACCUUCUCAGAAACAAAACCUCAUCCCCAAAGAGAGAGAGCCAAAGGCAGAGAGAUAGAAAACGAGUCUUCACCCUUUAUAAAUCCCAUUUUACAAAUUUACAAAUCUCUUUUUCCCUCUCUAAAUCCUCUCUUCCUUCAUUUGUGUAUAUAUACACAAAUCCUUCUCCUUUUCAAAUCAUUUGGAGGUUUCGAAACCCUAGAUUUGAGAUUCCGCAUUCCAAUCUAACGAAAGAGAAUGGCUGAACAAGGAAUGGAAGGGAGUCAGCCAGUUGACCUUAUGAAACAUCCUUCAGGGAUUAUUCCAACUCUUCAAAACAUUGUCUCGACAGUGAACUUAGACUGCAAGCUUGAUCUUAAAUCCAUAGCUUUGCAGGCUCGUAAUGCUGAAUAUAACCCCAAGCGUUUUGCUGCAGUAAUCAUGAGGAUAAGAGAGCCAAAGACUACAGCUUUGAUUUUUGCUUCUGGGAAAAUGGUGUGUACCGGAGCCAAGAGUGAACAUUUUUCAAAGCUUGCUGCGAGAAAGUACGCUCGGAUUGUUCAAAAGCUUGGCUUUCCUGCAAAGUUCAAGGAUUUCAAGAUUCAGAACAUUGUAGGGUCUUGUGAUGUCAAAUUCCCCAUUAGGCUUGAAGGUCUUGCAUACUCUCACAGUGCUUUCUCAAGUGUAAGUGCAUCACCUCAAGAGUUGUAUAGCAUUUAGAUGGAGAUAAUUGGUCUGAUGGUUCUGCAUCUCU